AUGAGAAUGAAAACAGCUAUAAGACUCGUACCGCAGUUUAAUGGAGAAAAUCCACAGGAUGUAUAUCCAUUCUUUAGUGCAUGUGACUUUGUGAUUAAGACUGUAGAUGAAGAAUGUCGCCCUAUUCUUUUGCAGGCAAUUUUAACAAAAUUAGCAGGUAAAGCUUUUGCGAUAACACAACAUCGAGAGGUUAAAUCAUGGGACUCACUUAGGGAGUUAUUAUCAGUUACAUUUUGCGCUAAACGAACUCCAGGUUACCUUCAACUAGAAUUGUCCACAACCCGAUUUAAAUCAGGAGAAACUAUUCAAGAAUAUUCUUCAAGAGUCGAGAAAUUAUUACAUGAGCUGUGUAAUGUCAGUACAAGCAAAAGAACAAUAGCAGAAGCUAAAGCAGUACACGACUAUAUCAAAGAAACUACUUUAACUACUUACAUUGAAGGAUUACCAGAUAGCAUCCGAAAUAUCAUAAAAUCUAGAAACCCAUCCACUUUGGAAGACGCUAUGAAAGUAAGCUUAGAAGAAGAAAAAAUAUUUUUAUCAAAUAAAGAAACACGACGUUUGUUCCAAAAUAAAUCUAACGCUAAUAGCACAAAUAAAUAUUGCAAAAACUGCCAAAAAAGUAAUCAUAAUACGAAUGAGUGUAGAUAUGUAAAUCGUAGCAUAGACACAGGGCAAAACAGCAAACAAAAAAACUCAAAUACAAAGCAAGAGACAUGCGCAUAUUGUAAAAAGCUGGUCAUUCCAUAG